ACAGUACCUAGAUGGUAAAGUACUGAAUGAUUGAAAACGUCUGUGUAAAAAAAAAAAAGUUUACAGAAUUAUUUACUUCAAAGUGAUAACGUGUUGUCAGCGGCAGAACUAUUGGUUCUGAAAAGUUUUCACGUGCAUUAAUCAACUGUUAAACGACCGAGGCAGUGAACUUUAAGAAAGCCUCGCAAAAAAAAAAAAAAAAAAAAAAGCCGUGGUCCAUAUAUUGUUGCAACUCCACAUUAAGGAACGGUUCCCCUGACACCUGUGGCCUCGCAGGUGUGCCCCCGUCCCGACUCUCUCCCCCGGCGCUGGCUUUCUCCCCUCACACCGCACGCGUUUCUGUAGCACAACGAUAACCAGACGAAGAGUAAACUCGCUACAAAUUAUAUGUGCAGUCGGAGCAAAUGUGAGAGUCGCGUAUGUGUUAGGAUGCCAAGGUUUUGUGAUGAGUUUUAUGGUAAUCAUGCGAGGUGCGGGUGUGAGGUAAGCGCCAGCAGUCCUCCCCGCGCCGGUGUCAGUGUGUCACUCCGCGCACUCGCAUGCGGCCCCAGCAGACAGCCGUCUUCUCGUUCACUAUCGGCUAAAUGAUCAACAAAAAGAAAGAUGAUGCGAGCGCUCUCCAAAAAGGUCAAAACAACGAUGUCCGACGUGAAGAAUAAGACCAUCGACAAAGGUUACGAUGACUUGAAGGGCGAAGACGACCUGAAGAAGGAAAGCUCACAUACACCAUUAUCGGGGGAGAGGAGAGAGGAGGAGGACUGCGGAAGAGGGAGAGGGAUAGGAACCUUUUGGCGGCGUCUCUGCUGCUGCUGGGACGCCUACCCGCAGCACCCGCUCCUCCCUGCCUCCGUCGUCACCCACAGGAAGAUUUCAAGAGUCGUGUCAAUGGAAUCCCUGAAGGAGAACACGGAGAUGGACCCGAAUCAGACCAUCACUGUGCCCCUUGAUCUACCGCUGGACCAGAUGACGCCCCAGGAGAAGCUGCAUCACGUUCGUGCCCUAAAUCGUUUCUACUCCAGCUCCCUCUCCGCCAGCUCCACGCAGUCCAUCCCUCUCGAACUCCUCCAGCCGUCCGCCGCCAAGUACGGCCAAAAGACUAACGGGUCGAAGUAUGGGCACGGCAGGAAGGGGAGCGAGAGUACCAUUCGAAGUGGUCAGCGAAGCCCAGGCAGCAUCUCUAGUCCUGGGAGUGCCCGCCGCUUCCCCUCCACGCCCUCAGCCAGCCCGCGCCCCACUCGACCUACACAGCUCUCCCUCGCCUCCUCCUCCUCCAGCAGCAAGGGUAGCUCCACGCCCACACCCACAGCAGGAUCCACCGCCAGCACGCCCUCGACGCCGCGGAGUCGGUCUGGCAGCUGGGGUAUGGUGAAGGCCGGGUUCUCCAGUCUGAUGCGAGCUGUGACACCCACGUCCCGCCCUGAGUCCAGUCUGUUUGCCCCUGAUGAGAACGGCGAGAGCGAGGCGUCAGACGAGGAGCCCGAGGCAAUGAGGCCAGCGACGGGCGGCCUGGACAACCCGACCCGGGAGUGUUAUGGCGCCGUCAAACUGGCUGUGCUUGGCUGGCAGGGGCGCUGGGUGCAAGUUGGCAUAUGUGGGCUGGAGGGCCUGCCGUGGGUGGGUGGGUCUGGCGGCAUCAUGCUGGAGGUGUGCGUGGACCCCGGGGGACGGUCGCGGUGGCUGGCGCUGCCUCACGCCCACGGCCCCUCCGUCAACGUCAAGCUGGAGGCGGUGGUGAAGGGCCCGAGGGAGGCGAAGGCGAGGAAGAAGGGGGUGGUGCGGGUGGCCGUGUGGGUGUGCGGGAGGGUGUGGAAGCACUGCGCCAUCGGCACUGCCCUCACGCCCCUCGUGGAGUCCUCAGGUCCCAUCAUGGCGCCCCUACAUAAUCACUCACAGCUAAUAGAGGAACUAGGGUUGGUGGAGGUCAGUUUACGUUGCGACUUACCGUGACCCGGUGGUGGAGGAGGGUGCUGGGGCGGGACAGGCGGGGGCAGGGGGAGGCAACGCUCAUCCUGGAGGUCCUCAGAGCCAAGAA